AUGUCGUUUCUCGGUUUCGGACGUCCCCAGCCCACCUCGGAGGAGAAGAUUGGUGCUGUCGAGGCCGAGAUGAAGCUGCUGGCUGAGAUGCACACCCGCUUGACGAGAGUCUGCGCAAAGAAGUGCGUUCCCAACGACUACCGCGAGGGCGAGCUCAACAAGGGCGAGAGCGUCUGCCUCGACAGAUGCGCCUCCAAGUUCUUCGACGUGCACAUGAAGGUUUCCGAGAUGAUGCAACAACAAGCACAGCAAGGUGCUGGCGGUUUCAACAUGGGUAACUAA